CGACCGAUGCAUGCGUGUUUGUCCAGCACGACCAGGCAGAGAAGCGCGCGACUCGGAAGACUUUCCUGCCACUUUCUGGAGCAAGCGUGAGGGGGGCCGAUGGCAGAGGGGGCGGCAGAGGAGGCCGCAGCAGACGGCAGUGGCGAUUCAGCAACCAGAACGCCAGAUCGGGGAGUAGCCCCCAUUAAACCUCAGUACCUCACCACCAAGGAGCAGUUCCACGAAUUCCUGGAAGCCAGAGGGCGGGAGAAGGUCCCCCGGGAAACUGAGGCUGUAGAACCUGAUGGCCAUGACCUGGCAGAGCCUGAGGCCAAGCGGGUCCGGCUGGAGGAUGGGCAGAUGGAAGAUGGGCAGACGGGGGCUGAGCAGACGGGGGCUGGACAGACGGAGGCUGGACAGACAGAGGAGGCAGCUGAGCUCCGGGAGCAGCGUCCGGCUCAGAGGAGGGCCCGAGGCCAGAACAAGAGCCGGCCCCACCUGAAGCCCACCCACUAUGACGAGAACAAGCUCUGCCCCUCCCUGGUCCAGGGGUCAGAAGCCAGGUGUUUCUUUGGUGACCGCUGCCGCUUCCUGCAUGACGUGGGCCGGUACCUGGAGACCAAGCCCGCUGACCUGGGCCCCUGCUGCGUGCUGUUUGAGACCUUUGGCAGAUGCCCCUAUGGCGUGACCUGCCGCUUCGCCGGGGCCCACCUGGGGCCUGAGGGCCAGAACCUGGUGCGGGAGGAGCUGGCAGCCCGAGGGGCCCACAUCCCACCCAUCCGCAACAGCCUGGACAAGGCCCUGCAGCAGCAGCUGCGUAAGCGCAAAGUCCGCUUCGAGCGGGCCGAGCGGGCCCUGCGCCAGCUAAGCCAGGGCCAACCACCGGGCCCCGUCCCCGCUGCUGCUGCUGCUGCCACCCCUGAGGCCGCCGUGGCUGAGGGUGCUCCAGGGCAGGGCGAUGGUGACACCCAGCAGGCCCUUCCAGGGCCAGACGCCACUGCCCUUCCCAGCAGCCCUGUGCAGACCUGCGGCCCCCUGACGGACGAGGACAUAGUCAGGCUGCGGCCCUGUGAGAAGAAGCGUCUGGACAUCGGUGGCAAAUUGUACCUGGCACCCCUCACCACGUGUGGGAACCUGCCCUUCCGGCGGAUCUGCAAGCGCUUCGGGGCGGACGUGACUUGCGGGGAGAUGGCCGUCUGCACCAACCUGCUGCAGGGCCAGACGUCCGAGUGGGCCCUACUCAAACGCCACCACAGCGAGGACCUCUUCGGGGUGCAGCUUGAGGGCGCCUUCCCGGACACCAUGACCCGGUGCGCGGAGCUGCUGAACCGCACCAUUGAGGUGGACUUUGUGGACAUCAAUGUCGGCUGUCCCAUCGACCUUGUGUACAAGAAGGGCGGCGGCUGUGCCCUCAUGAGCCGCUCCACCAAGUGCCGGCAGAUCGUCCUCGGCAUGAACCAGGUGCUGGAUGUGCCGCUGACGAUGAAGAUCCGCACGGGCGUCCAGGAGCGGACCAACCUGGCCCACCGCCUGCUGCCGGAGCUGCGGGACUGGGGUGUGUCGCUCGUCACGCUCCACGGCCGCUCGCGGGAGCAGCGCUACACCAAGCUGGCCGACUGGCAGUACAUUGAGCAGUGCGUCAAGGCCGCCAGCCCCAUGCCCCUGUUCGGAAACGGGGACAUCUUGUCGUAUGAGGAUGCCAACCGUGCCAUGCAGACUGGUGUCGCCGGGGUCAUGAUCGCCCGCGGUGCCCUGCUCAAGCCGUGGCUAUUCACGGAGAUCAAGGAGCAGCGACACUGGGACAUCUCGUCGUCCGAACGCCUGGACAUCCUGCGGGACUUCACACAUUAUGGCCUGGAGCACUGGGGCUCAGACACGCAGGGCGUGGAGAAGACCCGCCGCUUCCUGCUCGAGUGGUUGUCCUUCCUAUGCAGGUACGUGCCCGUGGGCCUGCUGGAGCGGCUCCCACAGAAGAUCAAUGAGCGGCCACCCUACUACUUGGGCCGGGACUACCUGGAGACACUCAUGGCCAGCCAGAACUCGGCCGACUGGAUUCACAUCAGUGAGAUGCUGCUGGGACCCGUGCCACCCAACUUUGUCUUCCUGCCCAAGCACAAGGCCAACUCUUACAAGUAGCCGCCGGGCUAGGCGGCGGGCAGUGUCCGAGGGCCAGUGGUCCCCUGAGUGCGUGGAGC